AGAAGUUCGAAACCGAUUAACUUCACCGGUUAAUUUUCUUGCCUAAUCGCUCUCAUUUAAAGUCUCAUUUUUUAUUUCCUCCUUAAAGGAUUUACUUAGUCAAAUAAUUAGUUUUCUCUUUUUGUAAUAAGAGUUAUAAUAGUCUUUUGAGAUAAAGUAACUUGUCUUAAGUAUUGGCUAAGCCAGAAAAAUAGAUAUAUUUUUUGGAAUACUACUCAACAAACUUUGAAAUUAACCUUCAAAAUGGAUAACUUGUCGCCAACUUCAUCAGACUUUGAAUUUGCUAAAAGGCUUCAACAAGAAGAGAACCGAAUGAUCUUAAAUUUGGAAGAAGAUUGUCACACAGAUUCAACAAGCUCGGAGGAAGCAAUUUAUGUUGUUGAAAAUUCGGGAAAGAGUGAAGAAAAAUAUGGCUUAAAUCUGCUAGAAAACCAUAUAACGGAUGAUGAAGAUGAUGUUUUGGAAGCCGCAAGACCAAACACUUUAAACGACAGUCUGUUGGCUGAACAAUUACAGGCUCAUUUUAAUACAUCAGGGACUGGUGAAUCUGACAGUUUGGAAUCAGCUGUAAGAUUGCAGAAUGAAUUUGAGAGAGAAUCAAGAACACUACGAGAAAAUGUUCAAACUGCGACGUCUGCUCCUUCAGUUGAUAAUGGACAAUCGGCUUCAAGAGUAAGACAAAGAUUCCGACAACUUUUAAAUCCUGUUCGAAGGGGCUUUCCGAUCAGAAGAUCGAACGCAUCGUCACUAGCAAGACAUAGAAUACCAGAAUCUUUAGAUGGUCUGCUACAUGGACUAAGUCGAGUUAUAUCCAUGCAACACUUUAAUGAUUUCAGCACAGAUCCUGUAGGUUAUCUUGAAAGCAGUCAAAUAGGUAGUAUGUUUACUGGAAACAAUUUCUCAGGCAAUGAUUACGAAUCUCUUUGGGAAAUCGCCGAACAAUUGGGAGAGGCAAAACACAGAGGUCUAAAUAAGGAAACAUUGAAUACUUUGCCCACAUCAACGUUCUCCAAUGAAAAAGAAGAGACGAACACAAUAAGAGGUUCAUCAUGUGUAGUUUGUUUGGAAACUUACGAAGCCGGAGACAAAUUAAAAACCCUGCCCUGUCUUCACCAAUAUCAUCACGAAUGUAUAGACAAGUGGCUUGAAGUAAUAUAA